AUGCUUUCAUCGCCAGAUGGAGAAACAGGACUAGCCGAGGCAGGAUCAGCACCCAGUCCUUUUGCAGGUACUGAUCGUCACGAGGAGCAUGCGCCGGCCUCUGCGGACGGGAUAUUUGCGGUUCGUGAGAAGAAACAAGAGAACCAGCGCCAACACCAGAAACUAGUGCAACCGCAGCACCCUGGCCGGCGCCCCAGCGCAAGCGAAAGCAACGGUAAUGGCAGGCGCUACCGGAGGCGGUUCAAGGUGAUCGGGUGUAUGGUAGGAGGAGCGUUGAUCAUCGACCUCUACUUGGCAUUUUUGGGCAGCAGGUCGGAAGAAUCUUUGCUGGUCAGCAGCUCGGCAGUAUCUUCGUCCGACCAGCACAGCAAGGACGAAAGCCGGAUCCUCCAGUUACCCUCCCGCACAGCUGCCUUGGAUGACGAAAACAUGGGUAUCCGCAGGCGGUCCAUCCCGGAUCUUGUCGCCGUCAACGAAAACAUGCCGUAUUUCGACGAAAACGGCGUUCCACAGACGGGCACAGAGCGUGCACUCCCCUCGGCGAGCAUCAAACAACAAACAGGGCAGGCAACAGUCAAGGUUGCUGUAAACCAUGAUGUCGAACUGCUCGAGAAUCGUACUUCUGCGGUUGCCGACCCUACCGAAUAUUGGAUCACUGGGAAAGACCCGUGGCGGGGGCAAGCACCGCCACAACCUACCCAACCAGACCAAUUCAAUGGGCAGAAGGUGGCAGUUGUGAUACCGUACGUCGGGAAAGACCUGCCCGUGUGGUGGGAUGCUUUCGCGGAGCAGGCUAGGCUCAAUGACGGACUCGUUGACUGGAUUAUAUUCUGCGACCAGGCGAAGCUCGCUCCUACCGUGGCACUCAGUUUGAAACUGGUGAGAAAGCAAAGCCCCCCGAACAUCAAGUUCUUCCCCAUGACCACGAGACGCAUGGCGUGGCUGCUAGCCGGGGUAGUUGAGCCAGAAGACCCCCUACCCGUUCACGGUGGCGACCGCGGGGAUGGUUUGGACGGUGGCGAUGGCAACGGCGAUAAAUCGGAUGGCGAUGUAGAAAGUGUCCCGGAAACCCACGCCGAGAUCGAGGUGCAGGAAAAUGACGGGAACGAGGGGAAAGAUAGCGGCGUAGAAACGGCGGCAAGUCGUAUCUGGGAAGAAUCUAUCACGGAAGCGUUGGCGAAGAACGCCGUCAAGCGAAAGAGGGCUGCCUCGUUCUUGCAUCAGCUGUUCAUAACGUCGCCGUACUUCAUCGUGGAGUUCAAGCCGGCGUUCGGCUGGCUCUUCCGAGAGUACCUGGUGGAAUACUCCCACUGGGCGUUCGGGGACCUCGAUGUGCUUUUCGGCGACAUGCGUAGGGGUUGGCUGGAGCCCACGGAGCUACAAGACUUUGACAUCAUCACCUUCAGGGCUUACCUGAGGGGCCAGCUGACCAUCCACAAGAACAAGGUCGACGUAAACCGCGUCUGGAGGAGGUGCUCGCACCUCACCAACUACUCGGAACGGCUAGAGGCGUUGUCGGAUGUGGAUCAAGAAGACGGAGAGGCCGUUGCGCUAAUGAGAGGGCGAGAGGUCAUCAUUGAUGGGCAUGGCCUUGUCACGCUCUGCCCAGACCUUGAAUGUUUCUACAACGAGCCGCUCGGGGCAGGGGCGGGGACCAACUACGGGACGUCGAACGCGGACGGCGGCGGCAACGACGAAAGCAAAGGGGGCUUAUCACCGAGCAUGCAGGUUGCGGUGGGCCCGAUGACCAUUGUUGAGAAAGCCAAGGGAAGAUGCGAGCACUGGAUCAAACCUGAGCACCAGACGUGUGUCAAGGACGUGGGUGGUAGCCAAACGCUGUUUCUCAUUGGCGGAAAGUACUACAAGCAGGGUACUAUAGUGCUGCUUCUGCCAAGAAAUGUCAAAUUCUAUCAGAGUAAUACUCGCCCUGCCAAGACGUUAUACCUGCACCACGGGUACAAAGGAUGCAAGGAGCACAAGCGCUCGUACAGGACCUGGAACUCUCGCCCCCCCGUCUACCCAGCCCAUUUCGGCAUUUCGGCGGGGCCGGGGGGCAUCGUCCCGCUCCCAGCCGGAGGCUGGCGAGACCGGGUAUCCGGUCCAGGAAUUAUGCCACCCCCGGUUAUCGUCGUCUUGGAUACGAGGAAUGCCGCAGGGAGAGAGGAGCGCCAGGGCCGAACAGACGCCGUCAAUGCGAAUGCGGUGACCCUGGGGUUGGUGGGCGGUCCUGCAGAUCUGGAGGCCUUCAUGCUCGAAGCAGCGCAAUGGGACGGCCCUAAGAUCAUCGCGAUGGUCCUUGACGGCGACGACCUGACCGCGACCCGAGAAAUGGAUGCCCAGAAGGGUGCCAAGUACGUCAGGGGAGGGGUUUUGAUCGUCGCCCUAGCGCGGCCGCCGCCCAGGCCAGACGUUCCCAGGAUGAUCGCCACUUUCCCCAGGAAAGCCCUCAUGAACCUCGUGACGGACCUCUGCGAGACCAGGUACCUUCUUGCCCUUCCCGCGUCUGCACGCCUAAACCCUCGCGCCUCCCAAGCAGUAUCCGCCCAGCUCCGCAGCAACCGCCGGCCACCCUAUCCCGUCCGGCAACCCUACCCCGUCUGGCAAAGCCAAGACAGCCGUCCUCCGUCGAAGCCAAACAGCGCUGGCACUGGCAGCCCUCGAGCCCCUCGUCGAACACCCGACACCCUUGGCCCAUUCACGCUGGUGGUGCCGUUCGAAACGGCUGGAGAAGCGCCGCAAUUUCCGGAGGAGCGCGAGGCCGGGACAUCGGCUUCUUACGCCUGGAGCUUGUAUUCUCCCCCCGCUGACAGUGGCGGCAUCAGCAAUACCAGCAACACAGGCGAGUUGCCGGGGAUUGGAUCGGUCUCCUCGACCGUCGCGAAUGAUGCUGCUGCCGAGGAUGCUGCGCGGGCGACUAGUCUUGCUUCGAGGCAUAUUGGUGUUGCCCUUGGCUCUGCGCCAACAGCGGGAGGGGCGAUCGGGUCUGGGGAGAAGUCUGCGGUUGGCCUCGGCCAAGCAGCGGUGAAAGAUUCUGCGGUGGCUAGUGCCAGCGGUUGGGGGAACGGUUUCGGAAUAACUUCGUUCAGCAACACCGGCAGCGAUGAAACAAGCAGCAGGAUGAGGGGCUACUCUACAGCUCUUGGUGGUGACGCAGUCCGCAGUAGACUGAGGGACCGGGGGGGGGGGAUGCUGCCCGUCGAAGUAGAAGGCGGAACGAUACGUUCGGCUGGUUCUGGCGCUGGUGCUGGAAGACGAAGAGCGGCGACACCGCUCAAGAUAUCCUUCCUGGCCCCGGCCGUAAAGGCACCAGGAAGAAACGGAUCUGUCACAGGUAGAGAUACGAGGACAUUGAGCAGGCACUACGUCCGUCGCCAGGGCCCCACCGUAGACUCCCCCCGGCCCGCCAGUGUUACGCAGUGGCGAACGGAGCAGCUGCGGCGUGGACCGCCAGAAUCCCUCGCCACCAUCCCGUCCAAGGGCGGCGACCGAGCGGGGCUCGGCCGGGGGGGGGGGGAAGGAGGCCCAGAUGUUCCCAUUACCACCACCGCCUCCGCUUCCCUAUCUCUCCCUGGAUUUGAUGACGACGGGGAGGCACAAUUGAUCAGGGACGUCAGGCGGAGGCUGGGCUCUAGCCCCGGGGACGGGGCUGGAAGUCGAGCUAGCGGAAGCGUGAGCGAUUCCGCCGUAGCGGCGGGGGGAGGGGGAGUCUUCGACGAGGCCGAUUGGGUCUGGGAACUGCUGUUCUCUGGCCCGGGUACGCCGGGGCUAGUGGUGGAUUUGUGGUCUCCUGGGCCUCUCUUUCUCCGACACGUGGAGGUGGUGCAAGGAGCAAGGCUAACACCCACGGCCGCCGUUCCGCCCCCGCUCCAGAGCCACGACUACAGCAGAGACAGGCGGGCGUUCACGUCAGACCAGGAAGAGCGUUUGUUCCGUGUCCCAGGGGGUGCAUGUCUUAGGAGCGAAGCCGUGGCGAGCACGGCUUCCAUUUACUCUGUGUUCCUUCGACAGGUGGGGAUGGAGUGA